CGCAGAAAGGCACGGAGACCAGCAGCAGCAGCAGCAGCAGCAACAGCAGCAACUGUUGCUGCUGUUGCAGCCACUGCAGCAGCAGCAGCUCGCAAGCCCACCUCUUCGGUGCCAAAACAGCAGCAGCAACAACAGCAACAGCAGCAACAACAGCAGCAGCAUUCCUCAAAGGGAGAAGCAGCAGCGACCCGGAGCAGCAGCAGCAGCAGCAGCAGCAGCACGACCCGCAGCAGCAGCAAAACAGUUGCCCCUCUUCCCAAGGCAAAGCAGCGCUCUAUCAACUCCAUGCUGCAGCAGCGACCUCCUGCAAGAGCAGCAGCAGCUGCUGCUGCUGCUCCUUCUGCUGCAUCCCCUCAGCUGCUUCUGCUGCUCCUUCUGCUGCAUCCCCUGCUGCUGCUGCACCGAAGGAGACAUCCACAGCUGCUCCUGCAGCAGCAGAACCUUGCGCUCCUGCUGCUGAAGCAGCAGCAGCCCCAGCAGCAGCAGCAGCAGGAGACAAUCUUUCUGCAGCAGAAGAUGAAGAGAGUCUCAAAAGGAGGCUGUCUACUAGCGCAUCCCCGGGGCCUCGAAAGAAGACCAAGCGCCAGCAGCAGCAGCAGCAGCAGCAGCAGCGACAGCAGCAGCAGCAGCAGCACGAUGAGCAAGAGCCGAAUAUAUUUGCUGAUGCAGAAGAGCAAGAUGCAUGCAUGCCUCCCGCUGCUGCAGCAGAAGACCCCGAGGAUGCCUCAAGCAUGCAGUACGAUGUGGAUACACCGCAAGCAGACUCUGCUGCUGCUGCUACUGGCAGCAGCAGCAGCAGCAGCAGCAGUGACUCAGGGACGCCAGUCACUGUAAAAGAAAGGGUGUCUGGGAGCCGCUGCUUUCAAGAGGGUGGUUAUUUGGUGUUUGAAGACUUCACUGAGAUGCAGCAAAAGAAAGUCCCUGCUGCUGCUGCUGCUGCUGCUGCUCCAAGGCAGCAGCAGAAGCCUGCUGCAGCAGCAGCAAAGGGGGGGCAGCGCUCUACAGGCAGCAGCAGACGGCAGGCGAGCAUUACUGCUUUCUUUGGAAAGAAGUAG